AUGGCCCCUCCUGACAUCGUGAACAAAGCCGCUGAGGGUAUCUCCUACUAUACUCCUGCGCAGGAGCCUCCCGCGGGGUCCGCCGCCAACCCGCAGUCUGACGGAUCACAGCCUCCCAAGCUCUUCCACCCUUUCACAGUGCGAGGCGUGACAUUCCACAAUCGCAUCGGCCUUUCUCCACUCUGUCAAUACAGCGCAGAUGACGGACACAUGACAGACUGGCAUAUGGCCCAUUUGGGCGGCAUCGCCCAGCGCGGGCCUGGUUUCCUCAUGGUGGAAGCGACGGCAGUGCAGCCCGAAGGUCGCAUCACCCCACAGGACCAUGGGCUCUGGAAGGACUCGCAGAUCGAACCCCUCCGCCGGGUCGUCGAGUUCGUCCACAGCCAAAACCAGAUCAUCGGCGUCCAAAUGGCCCACGCCGGCCGCAAGGCCAGCACCGUCGCGCCAUGGCUUAGCAUGGCCGAUAUGGCCACUGAGAAAGUUGGCGGAUGGCCCGAUAACGUCAAGGGACCCACAAACACCCCAUUCCACGACAAGUUCCCCAAACCCAAGGCGAUGACUACAGCCGAUAUUGGGCAAUUCAAGAAAGACUGGGUGUCGGCUGUGAAGCGCGCCGUCAAGGCUGGUGUGGACUUUGUGGAGAUUCACAAUGCCCAUGGGUAUCUACUGAUGAGCUUCUUGUCCCCGGCGACGAACGACCGUACCGAUGAAUACGGUGGUAGCUUCGAGAACCGGAUCCGAUUGUCGCUGGAAAUUGCCCAAUUGACCCGCGACAAUGUGCCCAAGGAUAUGCCUGUCUUCCUGCGUGUCUCGGCUACCGACUGGCUGGAGGAAGUCAUGCCCAACCAGCCUAGCUGGCGCGUCGAAGACACCGUCCGCUUUGCAAAGGCUCUCGCCGAGAGCGGCAAUGUCGAUGUCCUGGAUAUCAGCAGUGGAGGUAACCACCAGAAGCAGCAUAUCCAUGCCAAGGCCGGGUUCCAGGCGGGAUUCGCGAUUGAGGUUAAGAAAGCAGUUGGAGAUCAGCUGAAGGUUGGCACGGUCGGCAUGAUCAACGACGGCUAUCUGGCCAAUUGUCUGUUGGAGAACAACAAUCUGGACUUUGUGCUGGUCGGGCGUGGUUUCCAGAAGAAUCCUGGUCUUGUGUGGACGUGGGCAGAGGAGCUGGACGUGGAGAUUUCCAUGGCGAACCAGAUUCGCUGGGGCUUUAGUAGUCGCGGUGGUGGUGUGUACCUCAAGAAGCGACAGGAAAAGAUGUAG